ACCGUCACUAACUUUACCCUCAACUGCAGAGUGUGCGGACCUAACCUGCACAGUGCACACUCUCACAAAAACAGGGUUUACAAAUACUGUUUUUGUUUUCAUAGUCUAAUCAAAAUGUUCAGAAUGAAGUUGAGGGUAAAUACCUUGCUACCUUGUAAUACAGCAUAGGAACACUACUAAAUGUAACACUAGGCAUACACUUGGCAACUUUGUAAAUGGUUUUAAGAGAAAAUCAUCAUACACUACACUAAACAAGUGAUCACACAAUACUUACUUUCAAGUUAUUUUCAACAACCUCACAUUGCUAGGAGAUGCAUGACAAAUGAAAAUGUGUGAUAAAAUUGGCUCAAAGUAACAAUUAAACACGUUUGAUUUCCUCUUACUGGAUGGAAUUAUAAUCUUAGGCAAAAAAAAUAAAAAAUCUGUGCCCAUCAUACACUACACAAUUUUUAGUGAAAUCAUGCAAUAAAGACUGGCUCUGACUUGUGGCAAAUGGCAUUGACUCUAAACUAAUUCAAGACAAAAAUCUGGGCUGAAGUCAUGCAGUUUUUUUUUUUCAGCGUUUAGUAAGAGUUAUAGUACUAGUGUAAAUUAUUUGCACCUAACAGUAUAGUUUUUGGUUCGAUUCGGUUCGGUACAUAUUCACACAACUGCCAAUAAGUUAUUGACACUACAUAACAACACAGAAGUAGGAACAAGUGUGUAUGUAAUGUAACUAAUUUUCUCAACUUUUUAUAUUUAUCAGUGAUAUUAGUUAGAUCACACACACACACACACACAUACAUAUAUACUGGGUCUUCACUAUAAUUGACACUUUUUUUAUGGUAACUUGGAUUGAUCAUUUAUUUAUAGUAUUUAAUCAAGAUUGAUUGCAUAUGUACAUCCGUGUAAUUUGUGCCUCUUGCUCUUGCCAGUUGAAAACGAUCGAAAGCAUGGGUGAUUUUGGUGUGGUGUCAUAUCUGGCUGAUGCAGAUGGAAACGUGAACAUUGGACCUGCGACUCCUGUGCCCUCUUGUCGUUCCACAAAGCCUUCAACCAAAUCAACUCCCACAACACCCACCACAGUCACUCCAACUCAAACACCAACCCCUACUAAUCCAACCCCCCAAAAUAAAACUACAGCUACCCCGACUCCUGAAAGUCAAACCCCAAGUACACCAACCCCACCAACUAAAAUCCCAGAAAAUCAAUCUCCAGGUACCCCGACUCCUCAAAAUCAAACCUCAGAUACCCCUAUUCUUCAACACCCAGCUAAUCCGACUUCCUCAAUCUCAAAUACAUCCACUCCUCAACCCUUCACUCCCACACCAGGUGAGAAAUCUGCAAAUAACUCAAUGGAUGAUAAGAAGAUAACAGCAAUGCUGGAAGACAAUGUAAAUGUGGGAUUAUCUGCUUUAGAGGCAGAGGCGGUUGAACCCAUUAAUCACACAGACCAUGGUGAUGUACCGGUUUCUACACCUGCACCGGAAACCACAUCUUCAUCAGAAACAGAGCCCAAACGAGAGGAAACACCACCAGCUCUUGAAACUGCAAAUGAGGACUGAAAAUGUGUGUGAAAUGAAAAGUGUUUAAAAGUCCUUGAUGACAUGACAUUGUUUAACUAUAUUUAUGUUUGAGUACUAGGUAUAGGGAUUGGAACCAUGUUAGUUGUUUUAGAGGUUUAUUUUAUGAGUGUUUCUUUUCAAAUACCUGCUUUAGCAUUUUAACUAUCAGUUCAUCAGUGAAAAAAAAUAUUUCAAUGCUUUUACGUUCUCUCACAAAACUAUUGUGUUCCCAGACAAACUUUGCAUUCACUCUAAAAAAAUUUGUGAUGGAAAUAAUAUGAGAUUAGAGAAAAAACUAUAUGUCAGUGCUUUUCUGAGUGAAUGAAAAGUUUCUUGUGGGAAUGCAAUAGUUUUACGAAAGAAUGUAAAGUUUCUCGGAAAAAAGUUUUAUAACAGAAUGCAAAGUUUCCUUUCGAAGUGGAACUUGGACACUGUGUCUGUUUAAGAAGUUAUGGGGAACAGCAUCAGGGUGACCGGUGUCUGAAGCAUGUGUGACAAACUCACCAAUUUAUUGGCUGACGACAAUCCAUUACCUCACAAGCGGAGUGCCCGCAGGUAUAAAAGGGUGCCUUUAAAGGUGCCCUAGAAUUAAAAAUUGAAUUUAUCUUGGCAUAGUUAAAUAACAAGAGUUCGGUACAUGGAAAUGACAUACAGUGAGUCU